AUGAACGAGACAGAGGAAAACCGGCUGGAGAACAGCAAGACUCCAGAGCCAGCUCUCAGGCUCAGGAAAGGGCACCAGCUCGAUGGCGCGAGGAGUGGUGACAGUGACGUCCACCACAGAGGGCGGGAGCCUCUUGUAGAGGCAUCUGUCCUUUCUUCCUAUCAUAAAAAAAGCGUGGAGGAGCGUGAAUGCGAUGAUGAUGAUGGAGCAUCUCAGGAAGACGAGGGGUUCAUGGGCAUGUCCCCCCUUCUGCAAGCCCACCAUGCCAUGGAGAGGAUGGAAGAGUUUGUUUGUAAGGUCUGGGAAGGUCGAUGGCGAGUGAUCCCUCACGACGUGCUGCCUGAGUGGCUCAAGGAUAACGACUUCCUCCUGCAUGGACACCGGCCCCCAAUGCCUUCUUUCCGGGCCUGUUUUAAGAGCAUUUUCAGAAUACACACCGAGACAGGCAACAUCUGGACACAUCUGCUGGGUUGUGUGUUCUUCUUGUGCCUGGGGAUCUUUUAUAUGUUUCGCCCCAACAUCUCCUUUGUGGCCCCCCUGCAGGAGAAGGUGGUCUUUGGAUUAUUCUUCCUGGGGGCCAUUCUCUGCCUUUCUUUCUCAUGGCUGUUCCACACAGUCUACUGCCACUCAGAAGGGGUCUCCCGGAUCUUCUCUAAACUGGAUUACUCUGGUAUUGCUCUUCUGAUUAUGGGAAGUUUUGUUCCUUGGCUUUAUUACUCCUUCUACUGUAACCCGCAACCUUGCUUCGUCUACUUGAUUGUUAUCUGUGUUCUGGGCAUCGCAGCCAUCAUCGUCUCCCAGUGGGACAUGUUCGCCACCCCCCAGUACCGGGGCGUGAGAGCAGGAGUGUUUCUGGGCCUCGGCUUGAGUGGGAUCAUCCCCGCCUUGCACUACGUCAUCUCGGAGGGCUUCCUAAAGGCCGCCACCAUCGGGCAGAUUGGCUGGCUGUUGCUCAUGGCCGGCCUGUACAUCACGGGGGCGGCCCUGUACGCCGCCCGCAUCCCCGAGCGCUUCUUCCCCGGCAAGUGUGACAUCUGGUUUCACUCUCAUCAGCUCUUUCACAUCUUCGUGGUGGCUGGCGCGUUCGUCCAUUUCCAUGGGGUCUCGAACCUCCAGGAGUUCCGUUUCAUGGUCGGCGGAGGCUGCAGCGAAGAGGACGCACUGUGA